AUGGGUCCACAACAUUGGAAGAUUGAGCCGAGGUCUUUUAUGAGGUUACAAAAUCUAUUGGAGAAGCUGUUGGAGAUGAUGAGCGAUGAGCGCCCCUCGAUGGACCAGAAGGUUGAGUCGGAGCCUUUGGUAACGUUCCAAAACCAUUUGGAGGUUGCUUUCCAAUCGGUUCUGAGUGCACUUGUUGGGUUAAGCUUGAUUCAUAGAUUUCGGAAAACAAAUUAUUUUGUUGGCAUUGCAGAUGUCGGAGAAGUUAGUAACCCACAAGUCAUUAGUAACCACAAUGUCCAUAUGGUUGCCAAGUACAUCUCUGCCUUGUUCAUCUUCUUCUUUAGAUGA